AUGGGACGCCACGCCCUCGCCUUCGGUUUGAUCGCGACCUGCGGCGCGCUCUUGGCGCCGCGCGCGCCGCGCGCGCCGCGCGCGCGGCGGGCGGCCGCCUCUGUCGAGGACGUCGACGCGGUCGUCGUCGGCUGCGGCCCCGCGGGGCUCGCCGCGGCGAUCGAGCUGCGCGCGCGCGGCUACGAGCGCGUCGUCGCGCUCGACCGCCUGGCGUCGCCCGACACGUUCGAGACCGAGCGGGCCUACCUCUACCUCGUCGACGCGCGGGGCCAGCGCUGGACGGACCGGCACCCGGGCCUCACGGCGGCCGUCGCCGCGCGCGGCGUGAGCAACGGCAACUACACCGUGUCGCGGCUCUACCCCGACGCGCGCGGCGUCGAGACCGUCGCGCCGCUCCUCGCGCGGCCCGCGGCGGCCGGGGCGAUCUGGAUCCCGCGCGCGUCGCUCCUGGCGACGCUCGCGGACUGCGCCCGCGACCGCGGCGUCUCGCUCCGGUACGGCGCGGCGCUCGAGGGCCUGGAGCGCGAGGGCGGCGCCGUCGUCGCGUCCGCCGGCGGCGCCGCCUACCGGACGCGGCUGCUCGUGGGCGCGGACGGCGCGUCGUCGCGCGUGCGGUCGUUCCUCGGCCGGCGCGCGGCCGCGCCGCGCGUCUUCGAGCCCGUCGAGCUCGAGUCGCCGUCGGGCGGGCUCCGCUACAAGAUGCUCGAGGUCGACCCGGCGUUCGCGGCGACGGACCUGCGCACGGGCGCGCGGGUGGCGACGGCGUCCGCGCAGGCCUACGUCGUGCCCUCGAAGGCGACGAACAAGCGCGACCGCGUCCGCCUCGGCCUCCUGCCGUCGCGCGACCCGGCGCUGCCGCGGACGGCGAAUGUCAUCAGGGCCGCGGGCCACAGCGUCUGGGACCUGGAGACGGGCGACGACGUGCUCGCGUGGCUCAGGGAGCAGUUUCCGCAGCUUAAUGGCGCGGUGUCGGCCGACGCGGCGUCGCGCUUCGCGCGCGCCGGCGCCGGCGCGUUCCCGCGGCCCCGCUACACGCCGGCCGUCGCGGCGCGCGCGGGCGACUGCGACUGCUUCCUCGUCGGCGACAGCGCGCACGCGUUCCCGCCGGACCUCGGCCAGGGCUGCAACGCCGCGCUCGAGGACGUCGCCGCGCUCGGCGACGCGCUCGCCGCGAGCCGCCGGCCGACGUGGGCCUACCAGCGCGCCCGCGCGCCCGCGGCGCGGGCCGUCGCCAAGCUCGUGCAGAUCGGCUUCCCCUUCCAGUACGACCAGUCGCGGGUCCGCUCGAAGCUGUUCCUCGUGGGGCUCGCGCUCCGCGUGGCGGCGAACGCGGUCGCCGCGAGGCUCCUGCCGCCGCGGGCCGCGGCGGCCGUCGCGCCCCCGCCCGCGGCCUUUGCCGUGCUCGACGGCGAGCCCUACGUCGACAUCCUCGCGCGGCUGACGCGCGCCAACCGCGCGGUCGCCGCGGUCGCCGCCGCCGCCGCCUGCGCCGUCGCGCGAGCGGCCAUGGCCGGGUGUUAG